GGACAGGAUUUACCACCAAAGCAGGCGCGCCCAACUAAGAAAGAGGGCCGCCUGAAAGACGCGCUCGCGUGGAUCAAAAAGGGGAAAAGAAAGCGGAACCGGCUACCUGCACGUUGAACAGAGGAAGGAAAGGCCUGAAAAAGGAGGAGGCCGUUUCUCCACCCUCGAAGGUGCAAUUCAGCCCUCUUUCCGUGCAACGGUUUUCCAACGGCACAAUUGACGGUUGAAAACAGUGUCUCAGCCGAACAUUGUAAAAAGAGUGAAUAGAGUGUAGGAUGCAGCCCAACUAUCGUCUCGUCGGCGCCAACACGCGCUCAUCGGCCCACGCCACGGACGCGCCAGCCGGCGGCCGCUACGUGCACUGCCCCUACUACAUCCCCGAGUCGUCGCCGCUCGCCACAAACGAGGGUGCCGUCGGCCCCCGAGACAGCGAACUGCGCGCCUACCGCCCCGCGCGCAUCGGCAGCUUAGGGACGCCGCGUGUGGUCGGGUUGUGGGGCCAAUCACCCCUCACCGGUGUCCGCGGCUCGUACGCGUCGGUCGGCUCCAACAACAGCCACCACCGCGUCAGCAGCUACGCUACCGACUCCUCGUCCGACGCCUCGCCGAGCUCCGCCGUGGCGUACCCCGCUGCUGAUUUAGACAACGUCGUGUUACUGCCCACGCGUCCUCUGCUGAAGGCUCUCGCGAAGGAGUGCCGGCCGUCGCCGCCGUGGUGCGUCGGCCGCGUGGUACCGUCGGUGCUGGCGGACGAGGUGCUGCUCUUCCACCUCUUCACCGCACCGAUGCCGGAGGAGGAGGCGUCUCGCCGGUCCUGCACGGCCAGCAUGGAGGCGGUGCUCCAGCAGGUGUGGCCCGGUGCGUCCCUGCAGCCCGCCGGGGCCACCGCGGCCGGGCAGAACACCACGAAGGGUGCCACCUUGCACUUCUACGCCACCGGCACGUCGGACGCGUCACAAGAGCAGACGCAGCAGUGGAUACAGGCGGCGAAUGAGCGGGGCGCGCAGGUCAACUUUAUCCGCGACGAUCGCGACCUGCCGUGCGCCGUCGUCGUCGACUCCCAUUCCGGGCACCGCUGCUGUAUUCGAUACGGCGACAAGGCCGUCGCGGCGCUGGCGGAGACGAGUGCGCUGCUGUCGGUGCGUGUGGCGGCCAACCCAGUCACCCGCGCCGUUUUUAAUACACUUUUAGCUUUGCUGAAUCAGAACAAAAUCCUCGACGACGGCGGGACGGCGCGCUCGAUGCUGAGCGGCGAGGCGGUGGCGAUUAUGCUGCUCGCCGUCGUGAACUCGUACGAUUCCUCUGACGUGCCGGACGCUGGCCGCGUCUUGCUGGACUUCUUUUUGACUUUCGGGUUCGAGAGUUACUUCAACCCGAUCCAAAGCUCCGUUAACGUGAAGGGGUUUGGCACGCCUACCGCGAAGAAGCACCCCAACGCACAACUCAGCGUCCUCGACCCUGUAAACGAGGAGGUGAACGUUACCGCGCAAGUUGAUCGCGUCAGCGGCAUUCAGGCAGUCUUCAACUAUUGUUACACGGCUCUGUCGCAGUACGCACAGGUGAACUCGAAUCUGCAUCGCGCGCAGUCGGCGCUGUCCACCGUCAUUGGGGGCGAGCCCUAUUGGGUCCGCGUACUGCGAUACCACCAGCUGCACGUGGAGCCAUACUACAGUCUAAUUCAACUGAAGCGGCCUUUGCUCGUUCAAUAUCUCUGA